CUAUCUGUAUAACACUCUCUUUUGUGCUAUAUUAGCUAGCUCCAACUACACUUUCUUACACUGCUAACAACCCCUCUUCUUCCUCAUUAUUAUAUAUCUAUCUAUAUACUUCUUCAUCUUCCACUCCCCCAUUCUCUACUUUCUCAUUAGUUCAUCACUAUAUAACUGAUAUAUAUAUGAUACCCCAUUGUGGUAAACCCUUUUCUUCUUUACAUUGUAUCAAAACAAGCUCUUUUUUACGUUUCAUUUUUUCAUUAAUACACAUAUAUACCCUUUACGUUCGUAUAUAUAGCUAGCGAGUAGUACGUACGCUUCUAGCUUCUUAUUUUUUCAGCUGUCUCAUCUGAAGUUUGAAAACGCUAGCAGAGGCAUUUUCACGGGAAUAAGAGUUUUCCCGGCAAAAACUAUACGUUGUGAAGAUAUAUUCUCAGUGAUGGAGAUUUCCACGGCUUUUUUGCUUUUAACGGCGAUAACUGUUUACUUGCUUUGGUUAACUUUCAUUUCACGUUCACUGAAAGGUCCACGUGUCUGGCCCUUAUUGGGUAGUUUACCCGGAUUGAUUGAGAACUGUGAUCGCAUGCAUGACUGGAUUUGUGAUAACCUACGCGCAUGUGGCGGUACGUACCAAACCUGCAUCUGCGCCAUCCCAUUCCUAGCCAGGAAGCAAGGCCUCGUAACUGUCACUUGUGACCCGAAGAAUCUGGAGCACAUACUAAAGAACCGUUUCGAUAAUUACCCGAAAGGUCCUACGUGGCAGGCCGUCUUCCAUGAUCUACUUGGUCAAGGUAUCUUUAACUCCGAUGGUGACACGUGGGUGUUUCAGAGGAAAACGGCCGCACUUGAAUUUACGACCAGGACACUUCGCCAAGCCAUGGCUAGAUGGGUCAGCCGUGCCAUUAAGCUCAGAUUCAGCCCAAUUCUCAAAGAAGCCGAGACCAAAGCCCAGCCGGUCGAUCUCCAAGAUCUAUUGCUUCGGCUCACGUUCGACAAUAUUUGUGGCUUGGCUUUCGGUAAAGACCCUCAGACUUGCGCUCAGGGACUCCCCGAGAACGGCUUCGCCUCGGCUUUCGAUCGAGCCACCGAAGCGUCGCUCCAACGUUUUAUUCUACCGGAGGUACUUUGGAAGCUGAAGAAAUGGCUCCGGUUAGGAAUGGAAGUCAGCUUGAGCCGAUCCUUGGAACACAUUGAGGAGUACUUAUCCAGUGUGAUAGAUUCACGUAAGCUCGAGUUGCUGAAUCAGCAGCAAAAGGACGGGAACCCGCACGACGAUUUACUAUCCCGGUUCAUGAAGAAGAAAGAGUCCUACACAGACAAGUUCCUGCAACACGUGGCACUCAAUUUCAUCCUAGCUGGACGUGACACGUCAUCGGUUGCCCUCAGCUGGUUCUUCUGGCUAGUCAUCCAAAACCCCUCCGUCGAGGAGAAGAUCCUUCGCGAGAUCUGCGCUGUUUUGAUCGACACACGCGGCAGCAAUGUCGCCACGUGGACAGAAGAGCCGCUGGUCUUCGAGGAGGCCGAUCGCCUGGUCUACCUAAAGGCUGCACUUUCGGAGACUCUCCGAUUGUACCCGUCCGUGCCAGAGGACUCUAAGCAUGUCGUCCACGAUGACGUUUUGCCGGACGGGACCUUCGUUCCCGCGGGAUCUUCCGUGACAUACUCGAUCUACUCGACGGGGAGAAUGAAGUCGACCUGGGGCGAGGACUGCCUGGAGUUCCGCCCAGAGCGUUGGCUUUCGCCUGACGGGAAAAGGUUCACGAUGAUGGACUCGUUUAAGUACGUAGCGUUCAAUGCAGGGCCGAGGAUUUGCCUCGGGAAGGAUCUGGCUUAUCUACAGAUGAAGUCAAUCGCGGCGGCGGUUCUUCUGCAGCAUCGGCUGAGCGUCGUCCCUGGCCACCAGGUGGAGCAGAAGAUGUCGUUGACUCUUUUCAUGAAGUAUGGUCUUAAGGUAAAUCUACAGCCCAGGGAUUUGGAGGGAAUACUGACGAGUUUGAAGAGUGAAAAGGAGGCAGCCAUGAAAACGACGACGAAUACAGUAUCGUUUAGUGUCGCCGUUAAGCGUAACGGCAAAUGUAACGGAGUCAGUGAGAAUGGAGGAAGGGGAGGAAAUAACAGUGAGAUGGUAGUUGGGGUUGCUUAAUUAAGGGCAUGUUUGGAUGUCGGGAUAGGAGGGUCCGGAGGUCGGUCUGAAAUCUGAGUGUACAUUUAAAGAAGAGAUGGGGCCCACGCGUGUUGUUUGGUUUCAGGGUUAUAUGUGUUACAGUGAGCUUUAGCCACCCAGAAGAAGAAAUCUUUUAUGCUUCAACUGUACACGUGUCAGGCACUCGUGGUUCCCUGACGAAAGAUAGAAAGGUAAUUAAGAGACUGGGAAGUGAGAUAAAUAGAGAGGUGAUUUUAUAUAUAGAACUGUUUGCAAGUGGUGCAAAAGACAACUGUCAAAUUAUUUUUUUUUAUUCUUUUUUUUUGUUCUUGUUUGUUCAGACAAUAUGAAUUUCUUCAAACAGCAAUUUUAUUCAUUUUGUUGUUGUAUUUUUUUUUAUAAGAAAGACUAUCAUUAAUUUAUUAGUAUUGCUUUGAUUGUGUAAGUGAAGAUGUAUCAUUAAGUACAAAUUUUAUUUUGAAUAAAAUGGACUCUUUUGAGCUA